CGGCGUCGGGCUCGCGGGGAAGAGACGCGGGCGGCGCAAGAUGGCGGCGGCAGCAGCAGCGGCGGCCGCUUCUGGGCCCCGGGCGAAGGCGCCGGCGGCGGAGGAAGCGGAGGACGAGGAGACGGCGACGGCCUUGGCCGUGACGGCGGCGCGUGGGCGCCCGGAGCACGAGGCGCAGUCGGAGGACUCGGGCGGGGGCGGCGACGGCGGCGACGAGGACGAGGACCUCGGCUGCUCCUCGGUGGAGGACGACGACGACGACGACGACGACGACGACGACGACGACGAGGAGAAGGAGAACGAGGCGGAGAUCCAGCGGCUGGAGGAGCAGCUUUCCAUCAAUGCCUUUGACUACAAUUGCCAUGUGGACCUGAUAAAGCUGCUCCGGCAGGAAGGGGAACUUAUCAAGCUGAGAAGGGCUCGACAGAAAAUGAGUGAACUUUUCCCUCUUACUGAAGAAAUCUGGCUGGAUUGGCUAAAGGAUGAGAUCAAGAUUGCAUCAGAUGGCUCAGAUCGGGAGAAAGUAUAUGAACUCUUUGAGCGGGCUGUAAAAGACUAUAUUUGUCCUGAAAUUUGGCUGGAGUAUGCUCAGUAUUCAAUUGGUGGGAUUGGUCAGGAAGGUGGCAUGGAGAAGGUUCGUUCCAUAUUUGAAAGAGCCCUUACUGCAGUCGGCUUACAUGUGACCAAAGGAGCAGCUCUGUGGGAGGCGUAUCGCGAGUUUGAGAGCGCGAUUCUGAGAACAGCCCAGCCUGCUCCUGGCAGCGUCUCGACGCCUGAACAACAGCAGGCCCUGGAUCUUCAGCUUGAGAGAAUCCACACGCUCUUCCGCCGCCAGCUGGGGGUCCCACUCCUAGAUAUGGAAGCCACUUACGCGGAGUACGAGGAGUGGUCAGAUGACCCAGUCCCGGAGGCCGUCACGCAGAACUACAAGAAAGCAUUACAGCAAAUGGAGAAAUGUAAACCCUACGAGGAGGCCCUGUUGGUAGCGGAGACACCAAAGCUAGCCGAGUAUCAAGCAUAUAUCGAAUUUGAGUUGAAAGCCGGAGAUCCUGCUCGCAUUCAGUUAAUCUUUGAGCGUGCACUGGCUGAGAACUGCCUCGUCCCAGACUUGUGGGCCCGCUAUAAUCAGUAUCUGGAUCGGCAGUUGAAAAUGAAGGAUCUGGUCUUGUCUGCACAUGAUCGUGCUGUUAGAAACUGUCCCUGGACAGUUGGACUGUGGAAUCGGUACCUCUUAGCCAUGGAAAGACAUGGAGUGGACCAUCAGAUAGUUUCUGACAACUUUGAGAAAGCAUUGAAUGCCGGCUUUAUUCAGGCCACAGAUUAUGUGGAGAUCUGGCAGGCAUACCUCGAUUACCUGAGGAGGAGAGUGGAUUUUAAACAAGAUUCGAGUAAAGAGCUGGAGGAGCUGAGAGCUGCUUUUGCUCGGGCACUGGAGUAUUUGAAACAAGAAGUGGAGGAACGUUUCAGUGAAAGUGGAGAUCCUUCCUGUACCAUCAUGCAGAACUGGGCAAGAGUAGAGGCUCGCCUUUGUAACAACAUGCAGAAAGCUCGAGAACUUUGGGAUAGCAUUAUGACGAAAGGAAAUGCAAAGUACGCCAACAUGUGGCUGGAAUACUACAACCUGGAACGGGCACAUGGCGAUACCCAGCACUGUCGGAAGGCACUGCACCGGGCCGUGCAGUGUGCCAGCGACUACCCGGAGCACGUCUGUGAAGUGCUGCUCACCCUGGAGAGGAUCGAAGGUACUCUGGAAGACUGGGAUUCAGCAGUGCAGAAAACAGAAAACCGAUUAGCUCGAGUUAAUGAGCAGAGAGUCAAGGCUGCUGAGAAGGAAGCCGCUCUGGCCCAGCAAGAAGAAGAAAAGACCGAGCAGCGCAAGAGGGCCCGGGCGGAGAAGAGGGCCUCCAAGAAGAUGAAGAGAAGCAGGGCAGGGGACAAGCGCAAGGCUGAGGAAGACGAGGACGACGAGUGGGGGGAGGAAGAGGAAGAGCAGCCGAGCAAGCGACCAAGAGCCGGGAGCGGCCUUCCUUUGACUGCCGAGGAGGAGGCCCCGGGCCUGGAGCUGGGGCUCUUUGGAAGGAGUACGGUGAUGGAAGUCGAUCCGCCUUCCAAACAGAAGGAGAAGGCGGCUGCCAUCAGAAAGGAGAUGCCCAAAGUGUUUCACGAUAGCAGUAAAGACAGCGUCACUGUGUUUGUCAGCAACCUGCCCUACAGCCUGGGGGACCCCGAGGUGAAGCUCAGGCCCCUCUUUGAGGCCUGUGGGGAGGUCACUGAGAUCCGUCCCAUAUUCAGCAACCGUGGGGACUUCCGGGGCUACUGCUACGUCGAGUUCAAGGAGGAGAAGGCCGCCCUGCAAGCCCUGGGCUUGGACCGCAAGACUGUGGAGGGGAGGCCCAUGUUUGUCUCUCCUUGUGUAGACAAGAACAAGAAUCCAGACUUUAAGGUGUUCAGGUAUAGCACGGCCCUGGAAAAGCACAAGUUGUUCAUCUCUGGUUUGCCUUUCUCCUGCACAAAGGAGGAACUAGAAGACGUCUGCAAAGCUCACGGAGGUGUGAAAGACCUCAGGCUGGUCACCAACCGCGCCGGGAAACCCAAGGGCCUUGCCUAUGUAGAAUAUGAGAAUGAGGCUCAGGCUUCUCAGGCUGUGUUGAAAAUGGAUGGGAUGACAAUGAAAGGAAGCGUCAUUAAAGUGGCCCUCAGCAACCCUCCCCAGAGGAAGAUGCCUGACAGACCUGAGGCUGGGAGAGCAGCAGGGGCCCUGGUGCCCCGGCAGGUGUACGGCGCGCGGGGUAAGGGGAGGACCCAGCUCUCGCUCUUGCCUCGGGCAUUGCAACGCCCCAGCAAUCCUGGCCCUAAGACUGAGAAUGGGACACUGCAGAGCCCACCUGGACCCUCUUCAACACCCACAGAGGCGCCCAAGAUGUCGAAUGCUGACUUUGCCAAGAUGCUCCUGAAAAAGUGAAUCGGACUCUAUGGGAAAUGUGAAAAUGCCUUUUAGGAAGCCAUUUUGUGUCCUUAUUUCUGCUGGCGAGGGGAACACCCCCUCCCCCCCAAUCAUCCUCUGUAAAUACUACUUCGUCCCGUUCAGUCUAUCGAAGUACAGGUUGGGGCUGGACCAAGCCAGGGGGCUCUUUUGUUCUGACUGUGACAGAAAAGGCUGGUGUGGGUAGAAAUGGCUUUAAAUGGUCCCUCAUAUUGAGGGUGGGCAACACAAGGGAAAUAUUCACUUUACAGGCGGGCACGGGAGGUGUGGGGCUGGAGCAUGGUCCUUGUAGGGCUCCGCUCCUCGGGGCAGCUUUUUGCGUUUACAGGAUUCUCAUUUCAUGCCUCACAGAGCAGACCAGCCCAUCGUUCUUGGCAAAGACAAAAUGGCAGAUGCUCAGAAUUCACCACAAUGGCCUAUUUUAGUAGGGGGAGGGGAAGGGAAGUUAGAGAAAAGUGGAUCGGAUUGAUGUUCUGUUCAAAGUGGUCUUUGUUUUUAUAUUGUGUAUUUGUAAAUGACAUGUCAAACCCUUAUUUUUGAGUUUCCUAAGGAUGGGAGACUGGAGAUGUUUGUUUUGUAUUCAGAAUUGUGUGUGCUGCCACCGUGGGUCACAUCUACUUUGUUUGCCCAAGGAAUUGUACUCCCCCUCGUUGAGACCCUCAGCUCCUUGGUUUCGUUUAUAUAUGAUGUCAAAAUGCAAACUCACCUCCUCCAUUUAACUUCACUUAUUAAACUGAAGUGAUCUUUAAAAGGUU